CUGCCAUGCUUCGCUCCAAGAGCUUUACUACAUCACUUACACAAAGUCAUUUUACGAGAAAUUAUCAGAAACAUCACCACUUGGAGAAAUGUCGUCAGAUACUGGGUGGAAGACUGCGGCAGAUACAAAGGUUGACUUACGUUCUAGACCAUCUGCCACGUCCGUCACACAAUGCAUUACUGAUCAACUCACAACGAACAGUAAGAAUCGAUUGAAGAAGCUGCACAUACGUGCAAACUAUCUCACCACAAGCUGUGUUGAAUAUAUCGCUCAUCAACUGCCCUUCUUAGAAACUCUAACAGUGGACAUACAGCAUUAUCGCGCGGACGUUUUUUCUAGUGAUACGUGCACUGCUCUUCAGCUUCCAGAUUUUUUAGAUAAGGUCAACAUGCUACGCGCUGUGGACAUAAGAUGGAACAAUAUCAAUCAAAAUGACACACAUACCAUGUAUAACGUAUUUAAUAAGCUGAUCGCGGCAUGCUUAGGUACAUCCAUGUCUUACAACAAAGGCAUUGUAGGGGGAAUUUACAACAUAAAGGUAACAGCAAAAAUAAUGUGGGGAGGUGUCAAUUUUUUCAGAUUGCGCAAGAGCUGCAAUCAACGCUUGAUAGAAAUUAAUGUGUAUGAUAGCAAGUACGAAAGAAAUCUCUUGAGUGCACUUCAAAAUCUGUCCAACAUCAAUUGUUCAACCAUCAUUGUCGAUGUGGAAUUCAGAACCGUCUGUGGUCUUUUCAAUGGUGACCUUCUAGGAGCCAUCAAAGAAGUGUUACGUCUUUGUCCGAAAGUAAGACACAUCCAAUUUGGAAAGAGAUACUACGGUGAGCAGUAUCUACGGGCCUCUAGCGAGUGCCUUGAAGUAUUGUUGCAUCCAAUAACUACUUCAUCCAACUCUUUCAAAACUACUGCUUUAUUGAACAAUAAUGAUGCUGAAGAUACCGUGUUACCUUCCUUAUUGCAUCUCAAGAUUGUUGGUCUGCAUGUCAACAGAGUAUUUAGACAGAAUAAUGAUGGAGGAAAGUCCUAUUCGUUGCAGCCUAUCAUCAAUUACACUGUCCCUUAUGUCAAAUACUUGGCAAUGAUCGAUUGUCGUCUUGAAGCGGGUGAACAUAGAAAUGCUAUAAUCAACCUACAGUGCCUCCAGCAUGUCCAUGAACUAAUCUUGGAGUUAAAAGCCAACUUUGCUAAUAUUAAGGAUGUGUAUCUGAUCGUCCAAAAGCAACCACAAGACGUGACCAACAUUGUUUAUUACCGCUGUCGUUUAAAGCGUUUUAAAAAAAAUGUUUUUGAAAAGACGACCGGUGAUCAGCAGAAGAGAUUGAAUUUGAGAUCUACGUUCUCUUACAAUAUCUGGUGCAAUCAAAUUGAUUACUUACGAGUCAAUUUGCAAUACCGCAGAACCAGCAUCAUGUCAGAUCUUACACUCUGUGCCAAUCCUAUUAUCAGCAAUUCCGGUAUGUAAAAAUCCAGGCUUACAGCCAUCAUCCCUGAAUAUUAUUAGCUUGCUAUCGUCGGAUCAUUAUGUAAUAUUAUCAGUAUAAAUUAGUAUUUAAAGGGUUUCCAUGCAGCACAGAUGC